AUGAACUCAGAUAACUCUCACCACCGGCAUAAACGUCAACAACAGUACAACACUCACCAAGUACCUGGCUUCCUUCCUAACACUUACCAACCAGAUGCAUUCUCUUCAGAUGCACGACGUCAGGAGACCCUUCGUCUGAAUCAGGCAUUCUUCGAUUCACUCACCCAACCACAACAAUCCGACCCCAUUCUAACUCCCCAAAUGGAUUCACAACCCAUUCACGUUCCCACGAUGGAUCAACAAGAACCACAGUAUCACCACACUUUCAAAAAUCGACCGAUCCCUGUGGUAUUCGCUGAUCCAGAAGAUCCGAAACAUCGAGAACCCACAAUAUUCGUAGAAGUACAUGGCGAUGAUUCUAACGCUACAACUAAAAGUACACCGACUCUUGAAUUCGUGCAAUUUUCUCUGGAACCAAAUGAAGAUGGAAUUUACCAAUCAACACCAGGAAAUGAGCCGAGUUUUUUUGAAUCUGAAGCCACGAGGGCGAUAAUUGAGGCACUGACAAGAGAUGAUCCAAGAUAUAUUCAAAAGGAUUUCCGAUUAGAAUUCUUGGAUCCGGACACUGAAGAUGUGAACCUGGAGAAUAUGGAGAAGCUGGAUAAAAUGAGGCACUGA